AUUGGCCUCGGUGGCUCGCCGUACGCGAAGCCUUAAGCAGCGUGAGAGUUGAAGAGCGAGGGGUUCCCCUUUCCGUCCCUGCUGCGGCGCUUGCAGCUUUGUGGGUUGGAACUUUCACGCUCGCGGGAUUCGAAACGUCACAAUGGCUCAGAACGUUCAGAGUGUUACAUUGUCUCUCACGCUGCCCAUCACUUGCCACAUUUGCCUGGGAAAGGUCCGUCAUCCUGUCAUCUGUGCCAACAAUCAUGUCUUCUGCUCUAUUUGUAUUGAAGUAUGGCUGAAGAACAACAGCCAGUGUCCUGCUUGUAGGAUCCCCAUCACCCCUGACAAUCCUUGCAAAGAGGUCCUAGGAGGAACGAGCGAAAGCAACCCGGUGUUUAGCCCUGCCAUCCGAAAACAGCUUCGCAAAACCAGACUGGAGAUACUGCACAAAGAAUACGAGGAUGAGAUAGAAUCACUACAGAAAGAGUUGGAAACUCUGAAAGGGGAAAACCUCAGCCUGGAGUCCCAGCUCAAAUCUGUCCUACAUCCGGAGACCCUGCAGGUGCCAGAGAGAACUCAGGAGAGUCCACAGCCCUCGGACAAGGAGCAUAAAGUGGAUGCUGAGACUUUGGCAGCAUGGACCCAGAAGCUUCAGGCUGCAAAUGACAUGUAUGAGAAAGUGAAGGAGGACAUGGAAAAAUUAAUGGAGGUGAAUAAAAAACUGAGGCUUGAAAACGGUAGCCUUGCGAGAGAGAACUUGCAGCUCAAGGCUGAGGUUGGAAGCCGGUCACCCCAGAGGUUAGGGAGGUUCACCAUGGCAGCCCUUCAAACCAGGCUGGAGCAAUGUGAGCAGGAAACGAACCGUCUUAAGAAGGCGUUGGAAAGGAGCGAUGCCUAUAUAGAAGAUCUGGAGUCACAGAUCGCACAGAUGAAGCGGGAAUGGGACCAGAGGAAAAGCACAAGCCCGGAAAAUGUAACUGCCGCCUCCAUGGAGGAUAAAGACUGUGAAAGUCCCCCCAGCAAGGCUUCCCCAAGCCCUCAAGAAGCCAUAGAUCCAACUUGUUUAUGUGCGAGUCAUAGCCCUAGCGAUCUUGAGGAGCCAGCAGGACUUUUAGGGACCAGCAAUGAUAUCUGCUUAAAUUCAACUAGCCAGGCUUGUUCGGAUGAUCCGGUUACCCCAGGAACUGCUGGAAGAGAUACAUCUCUUUUCCGAAGCUCUCAAGAGGGUCUUUUGGAUAUUGGCAGCUCUGACAUGGAUACUUGUUCGGAGGCAGCCUGGGAUAAAAUUGAGGACUGUGCACCCUAUAAAGAAGAACUCUACGAUCUUCCGGAUCCGUGCACUCCGUUGUCUCUCAGUUGCUUGCAGUUAAACACUCCCAAUAAUAAGGACGACCCUGCGGCGAAAGAGGAAACCUCAAGCGAGCCAUCAACCUUCCUAAGGAAAUUGGAAUUUGAGGAUUUCGGAGAGGCUUCCGACGACUGUAACAAAGACUCCCCAGAGCACAGCGUCAGCAGUUGCGAGAGUGGCGAACACAAGGAAGGUUGCUUCUCUUCAGACAAACCAGACUUUUGGAACAGGUGCCAGCCACAUUACGGCGAGAACUUGGACUUUGAAGGCUCAGAGCCCAACACGGCCACCAGUGACUCUGCAGAGUCUUUAUCCAAAUCAAGUGAAAAAAGCCAUAAUCUGGGCGUGCUGAAAAAACUGCACGCGGUUCGUUCUUCCGAAAUGAAUCGCACCAGGACAUCUAGCGAGGCGUCUAUGGACGCGGCUUACCUCGAUAAGAUUUCUGAGCUGGAUUCCAUGAUGUCGGAGUCGGACAACAGCAAGAGCCCCUAUUACACCUCCAGAUCUUCUUCUGACCUGGAUAAUUCUUGCAAGACGACCCAGUGUCCCGAUCACUUAACCGAAAACGGUAAGAACGAAAAGGAAAGGAAAGAGCCGCGUCCUCUGAAGAGCCCUCUCAGCAGGGAUCCUUCAGAAGAGGGAAACGAGUGGAAAUUUGCGACUUUUUCCAUCCUUUCUCCAUCUUCACUAGAAACUGCGGAGUCUUUCCCGCUGUUUGCAAGCCGGACUUCUGAAACGAGUGAAAUAAAGCCUCAGAGCUUCUUAUUCCAGCGAGAGCUUUCCCCAAGCUUUCCUUUCAACAGCUCUCAAGGACCUUUUGACGAGCAUAAACUGGGCUCCUCCCUCUUUAAGAUGGCUCCUGAGCUUCAAAACCUCCAAAACCAACUCCAGUCUCCUUGGUCUUCAUCGUUCGUACCCGACAGAAAAGCCAAAAGCAUCCAUUCAUCGGCCAAAAGGAAAAUUCAGAGCAGCCUGUCCAGUGCAAGUCCAUCAAAAACCACCAAGAACUGAUUUGUUAUGUCUUCUUUUUUUUGUUUUGUUUUUUUAAAGCGCUAUAUAUAUAUAUAUCUAUAUAGUGCCAAAAGCACUAUAUGUAUAUAUAUAUAUAGUGCCAAUGUGGAAACUCUUCACAUUCUCACUCUCCACUUUAUGUCUACAGGAUAUUCUUCACGAGGCCUCCUUUGAUCUCAGUCUGUCCAUUAUUUGAAAAUCUGAGUGAUGGAGCUUGAAUAUUCUCUCUGUGUCUCAAGUAUAAAGCUCUUCAUUAAGAGGCGCUCUUCAAGUUUUGAUAUCUUGGGUUAUUUUUAAAGUUUAGGUUGUAUGAAUGUCCUCUGCUCUUUAUAUGUCCAGUUACUGAGUGUGACAGAUCUUCAAAAUGGUUCAGCAUUGAAACCAGACUUUCUAUAGGUAAAGGCAUCUGUGGACAGCUUUUUAGCUGGUUUUCUUAGGCAACACUGAUGACAACUAUUGCCUAGUCCAGGCUGAGAAUAAAAAUGUUUGCCUGUUCCUUAGCUGCAUGAGUCAGUCUAUCUCUGUGCUGAAUUAUAGCUUUUAAUGUGUAGCUGUUAACACCUUUCUUUGACAAGUCUUUAGUUUGGGGGGAAAUGUCAGUUUGCUUCAGUUGGAGAAUCCAGUUUUUUUUUUUUUUUUUUAAGGAAAUUUGGUUAAAACACUGCUUUUAAUUCUCUCCUCCUCCUCCCUCCCACUUCCCCGGUGCUCCAUUGUUGUACAAGAGUACGUGAUUUGUGUCUGUGUAGUUCAUAAAAAAUGGGUUGGUAUGCUAAUGGCUUGUUUACCGAAUGUGCAUUUUACAUGAAUACUGUACUGUUUUACAUUAAUACUGCAUGAUUUUCUAUGUGGAGUGAAUAAAGAAAAAAAAAGUCACAAGCACCGUAA